AUGCAAAGGAAUUAGAUUAUCUUAAAAGGAAUUAAAAAGUUUGAUUUGUUUGCCUAACCUUUAUAAUUACAAGUUGAUAAAAAAGAAUAUCACUAAACUUUAUUUGGGUCUAUUCUAACAGUCUUAUUGAUAGCAUUAUUCUCAAACCUACUUUAUUAAAAACUAGUUACACUUUCUGAUAGAAGCAAUCCUUCCUCGCUAACUUCAGAAAUUUAUCAUUCUUAACCUGAAUAAUAUAGUUUGACUCCUUUUAAUUUCACUAUGACCUUUGCAUUUUAAAAUUCUACUUUCAAUACUUAUAUUGAUGAAUCAAUUUAUGUUGUAAAUGCUUAUAUUGUCAAAAAAUAAGUACAAAACUAAAAUGGAUAAAGAAUAGAGACUUAUGAGAAGUAAGAGUUACCUUUAGUCAAAUGCAAUUAAGAAUUAAUUAAACAGAAGGAACUAUAAGAAUAUUUUUCACAUUUAGAUUUACCAACUAAUUAUUGUAUAGAUUGGAAUUCAAUUUCUAGUAUUUAAAUUGAAGGCACUUUUGAUGCUCCUAAAUUUGAAUAUAUAAUUAUACAAUUCAAUACUUGUAAUGAAAAAACUAAAAAAAAUAUAUCUUGCAAAAAAUAAAAAGAUAUUGAAUAACAAUUAAUGCAGAAUUAUUUUUCAUUUUAAAUUUCAUCUUAGACUACGAAUUUAAAAAAUCCUAAUUCACCUUAUGAUCCAAAGGGAUAAGAUCUAUAUACUACUAUCUCAAAUAACAUCUAUAAGGAAAUAUCAAUAUAUUUACAGCCUCUGACUACUAUUACAGAUAUAGGUUUAAUUUAAACUGACUUAAUAUAUGAAAAAACUUUGAGAUAUGGCAAACAUACAGAAAUGCUUGAUUUAAACCAAAGUGAUUUAAUUAUGAAUGUAGUAAUCAGACUUGAUUCUACUGAAUUAGUUGAUUAUAGGACAUAUCCAAAAUUACAAGAAAUUUUAGCAGAAUUAGGAGGUCUAUGGUAAGUGUUGUUUAGUCUCUUUUACAUUAUUUCUAAACCAAUUAAUAAAGUUAGUCUACUUCUAAACCUUAUAAACUCUUUAUAUGAAUUUCAAGACAAAUAAUAAAAUGAGGAAAAUUAACAAAAGGAUUCCUCUUUUAUUAAAAAUGAAAAAUUAGGUUCCCCUUUGUAAAGAUAAUUAGAAUAAUAAGUUUAAAUUUGUUAAGAUUAAAUUAUAACAAAUAAAACUUUGUCUAUAAAGGAUAAUAUUUGUAAAAAAUAGGGAAAGAAGGAUAAAUCAUAUAAAACAAUUCUUUAAACAUAUGUUUAAUAUAUAUAAAAAAUGAUAUUUAAAAAAAAUACCAAUUCUAAAUUUGGAUACUUAAACGCAUUUUAAGCUUUAAGAUGCAUUAUUUCCAAAGUAAAAUUUUAAUAAUUUUUAGGAUGAUGAAAAUAUUCUUUAAUUUAGGCGGGCUCACAAAGAAAUUAGCUAUUAAUUAAAUAUUAUUAAUAUAUUAAAACGACUUUAAGAUGUUGAAAAAUUGAAGUAUAUAAUUUUUAAUGAAAAUUAACGAAUAUUAUUUGAAAAAUUUAAUAAUUUCCAAAAAUAAAGAGAAAUCUAAGGAGAAAUAACAUUACAUAAUGAUCAACAAAUAAAAUAAUAAGGAAUUACUUAGGAUGCAAUCUUAUAAAUUUUAUAGGAUUAACAGAAUGAAAUUAAUUAGAAACUUAUAGCUUCUUUGGAUGUUACAGUUAGCGAUUUAUUAUAAAAAUGUAAACAAGAAAAUAAUAAUAAUAAAUUAGAAAAUAAUUGA